AUGCCUCCUCACCAUCCUCUCCCCAUCUUACUCCUCCUGUUCAUAUCCGCGCCUCCGCCCGCAGCCGCCCUCAACACGGUCGCGGACUGUGGGCCGAGCCUGCUGCCUCUAUCCCCAUGCGCCCCCUUCGUGCAGGGCAGCACCCCUGCGCCGGUCCGCACGUGCUGCGACAGCGUCGAGAAGCUCUACAGGCACAACGUCACGUGCCUCUGCGUGCUGCUCGACAACUCCGGCCCCGAGUUGCCUCUGCCGAUCAACACCACCCUCGCUCUUCAGCUACCCCUCCUUUGCAAACUCAACAUCAGCCCUACUACCUGCCCAGGAGUUUUGUUGCCUUCUCCGUCUCCUCACACUAAUGCUUCCGUUGCGGCCAACCCGAACUCAAGAGCUAAAGGUAUGGAACUUACUGAAAUCACCACUGGAAAUGAAUGGACUGAAUUACUUGUGUUUGAUGACUUGUUUCUGUGGGGGAUUUCAGCUUCUCCGAUGGGCACAGGAUCGCCUAGGCCACGGUUUGUGAGCUUCGCCUAUCAUAAUAAUGCUGAGGUGAGGAUAGAGGCGGAAACUUGGGUGCUGAUGCUGAUAAUGGCUGCACUUUUCUUUUUACAAUGA